AGAAAAAGAAUCCCUUUAUAUAAUAUUUGUUUUUUCUCUGGACUAUCGCCGCCUUGAGCCGCUAGCUGCAGAAGAUUUUAAAUAGAGGCGCAUUUGGUUUUAUGGCUACAGGGAUUUCUCUCUAGAGGACUGAUCACUGCUAUAAUUAUUAUUUCUGGGCUUGCAUUUAUUAAUUAAUUACUGUCUUUCUUAAAAUCUGUCCAAGUGAAGAAAGUUUUCAACUGUCACUCUUUCUUCAGUAUACAUAUAGAAACAGAGAUCCCCUGUUCAAGGACGACAAGACUCAUCAAACAAGCAAAGAUAGUAGUGAAAAUUGAAGACAAUGUUGAGUCAGAAGCAAGCAGAGGAAGCGAUUGUCUCCAGCUACGAUGAGACGUCGGCUGAGAAUGAUUGCGGCGGCGGCGGAAAAGAGGAGGAGAAGGCGGAAGAUCAGCCCAUAUUCAGUAUCAGUAAUGCUCUCUGGCACGGCGGUUCAGCCUGGGAUGCCUGGUUCAGUUGUGCUUCUAAUCAAGUAGCACAAGUGCUGUUGACACUACCAUACUCGUUCUCACAACUAGGAUUGCUAUCCGGGAUAGUGUUUCAAAUAUUUUACGGAUUGAUUGGAAGCUGGACUGCUUAUCUUAUCAGUGUUCUUUACCUUGAGUACCGAAGCAGAAAGGAAAAGGAAGGUGCUAGCUUCAAGAACCACGUCAUCCAGUGGUUUGAAGUGCUAGAUGGAUUACUUGGGCCAUACUGGAAAGCCGCGGGUUUAGCCUUUAACUGCACUUUCCUCUUGUUUGGAUCUGUCAUCCAACUCAUCGCCUGUGCAAGUAACAUAUACUACAUAAAUGACCACCUGGAUAAGAGGACAUGGACAUAUAUAUUUGGAGCAUGCUGCGCCACCACAGUCUUCAUACCCUCUUUUCACAAUUACCGGAUUUGGUCCUUUUUAGGACUUGGUAUGACUACUUAUACCGCCUGGUACAUGACCGUUGCUGCCCUUGUUCACGGCCAGGCUGAAGAUGUACAACACUCCGGUCCUAAAAAGCUUGUACUCUACUUCACCGGCGCCACUAAUAUACUCUAUACAUUUGGUGGCCAUGCUGUUACUGUGGAAAUAAUGCAUGCAAUGUGGAAACCCCAAAAAUUCAAGUACAUAUACUUGUUGGCCACACUAUAUGUAUUCACUCUAACAAUCCCAUCAGCUUCAGCUGUUUAUUGGGCUUUUGGAGAUCAACUCCUCAACCACUCCAACGCGUUUUCCCUCCUCCCAAAGUCCGCGUGGCGCGAUGCUGCCGUUGUACUUAUGCUUAUCCACCAGUUUAUCACGUUCGGGUUUGCAUGUACGCCGCUCUACUUUGUGUGGGAGAAAGUAAUCGGGAUGCACGACACGAAAAGCAUAUGUCUGAGGGCGUUAGCAAGGCUGCCUGUGGUGAUUCCAAUAUGGUUCUUAGCCAUUAUAUUCCCGUUUUUCGGGCCUAUAAAUUCGGCAGUUGGUGCGCUUCUAGUGAGUUUCACCGUCUACAUAAUCCCGGCCCUCGCCCAUAUGCUUACUUAUAGAAAAGCCGCUGCUCGUAAGAAUGCUGCUGAGAAGCCACCACCAUUCAUGCCAAGCUGGGCAGCCAUGUAUGCGAUAAACAGCUUCAUCGUUAUAUGGGUAUUUGUUGUGGGUUUCGGGUUCGGCGGGUGGGCUAGCGUUACCAAUUUCGUUCGGCAAGUUGACACGUUUGGCCUCUUUGCCAAGUGUUAUCAGUGCAAGCCCGCUGCCGCCGCCCACCUACCGCCGCCCCACCACUGAUCAUCGGUGAACACCAAUCAUUUACAAUAUGGCCCUUCUCUCUCUCUCUCUCUCUCUCUCUCUCUCUCACUCUGUAAUAUACAUGGGGAUAUGUGCAAUAUUACCCCUACAGUCUACAUUACUACAUGUGUUGCGUGCCUUUUUUUCAUUUUUUAUUUUAUUUUCUGUUUGAAAUGUUAGGUGAGAUUAGUGUGUGGAAUUUGUGGUGAAUGAUUGCUUCUCAAA